AUGCCUUUCUUUGGGGUCUCAUUGGAGACCUUGUCCGCUCAUCGUCCCAUGGCCAUGACAACGCUGGCCCUGGUACCCGUCGUCAUCCCCGUGAGUUAUGUCUUGUACACGAGCUGGACCGUAUAUCGAAACACCACAUCGACGUCUGGCACGCUUGCCUCUCGCCAAGAAGCAUUCGCCUCUGCGACGUCACAUCCAGCGGAGCCGCACAGCCUCCCGGCCGAAGUCAAAGAUGAUCCGUCUCGGUGGGUCGUGACAUAUGAAAGAGUCGUCUCGAAGCCUUUGUCGCCGUCAUCCCUUGCCUAUCGACCAGAGAAACCGCAAUCCUCGGGCCCGACAACUCAAACGUCGAGGCUGCUGCAAGAGGUGUCGAGAAGUAUGCAAAAGGCCUUUAGCCGGACUCCCCAAGCAAUCAUUAUUCGUGGCGCACUGUCGGAGCCACGGAACAAGGGCAGCUUCGAUGGAGCAUGGAUCGAUAAUCUGUGCUUCCAACCCGGCGACAUUGUGAAUGGUGUAUAUAGAGUGUCUUGUAGCACCAAGGAGCAAACGACGGGGUCGGAACGGGUAGAGCUCCUCAUUGACAUUCCGCCGUCUUACAAAGGCCCUAGGGUUCGGGGUCUCAUUCUGGCUGCCAUUGAGCCUGCUUCUGGUGCGAGGACAAGUCACAAAGGACCUGCUGAGGAGAGGAUUGUUCUCGUCAAUGAGACAUGGAUGUGGCGGCUCGCAGAUGAAAAACCCACGCUGCUUGAAUCUUCAAUUGGGCGGUGGUUCCACCGUCUCCUGGCUGGAUGGCUUAUUCUCAAAGGAGUUUCGGGAGUCUAUGGGAGAAGGAAGGAAAUGUGA